CGCGAGCCUUUCCCCUCUUCCUUCUUCUGGCGAUUAGGGUUGUCCCCAGCGCCGCCGGCCUGCUGCUGGCACCGGCGCGGUACCUCGUCUCUGCCAGCGCGCGCACCCCCCCCCCCCCCCCCCCCCACACACACACACACACACCUCCGUCGCCAGAGCCUGUCCGCUCCCCCGCCACCUCUCAUCCUGAGGACUUCCUGCUAGCCGCCGCCGGCAAGAAAUCCGGAGGACCACCACCUUUUCGCGACGAGGCCACUGUCUCCGCAUUGAACACUGUUUCGCCACUGCUACCGCGGCUCCAGAUCCUCUGACUCGAGUCACCAAAGCAUCUGCUUGUAUUGGGUCGUUUCAUUAGUGCCUGGUCAAAUACCAGUGUAAACUGAACACAAUCCCAUAAGUUUACCUGGAAGCCAAGUGGGGCUCGCAAAUUAAUUUACCUCAACAAUUGUUCUGUGUGCAUCUAGAUCGGCCCCGGCAUCAUGUCUUCAGAGGAGCUCACAACAAGCUUGUCAGCUUUGGCGGUGGCUUCACAGGCCCCGAUGGCCAGCCAAAUCGGUUCUUCAGGUGAUCUGUCUUCUGAAGGUGGGGCGCAGGUCACUUGUUUCAGUGAGGACCUGCACGACGUCACGCUCCAUUUCCAGAUCAUAAGGUUCUCUAAACAGAUCUAUGCAUGGAUAGGAUGCAACAACUCGGCAAAGUUUGGCCAUUUAUAUGCUGCUGCAACCACUCGGCUGGGUGAUGGAGUGAGUGUCACAUCUGUACUUGGAGGAACAUCUGAUAACACUGGAUCAAGCAUGGCCCGCCGCUUAGUGCUGAAGACAGGUCUGAAUAUAAUUUUAGCAUGUAACAUUCCGAAGGACAGCCCCAUGCUUGAGGCUGCUGCAGAGAGGAAACUUGUAGAGAAGCUGAGAAGUUUAGGCUAUAUCAGAUCUAAAACAGGAGAGGCUAACGCUUCCACAACUCCUUUAUCCGCAACACACUGAUGGAUACUUGUGAACUGUCAAGUCAAUCGUAGAGAAAGUCACUACUCUUAACGUGUUUGAAACAUUUUGAAUGGUUAUGAAAGCUCAGCGGAGGCUUACCGAGUGUAGGCAUGAUGAUCUGAAUUUUUUGUGCGCGACUAUGAACUGCUUCAUGUUCACUGAAUUAUCAAACAUGUGGCAAGUAUCACAUCUGGCAUGUUUACACGUCUGCAUCUUCAGAGGUUGUGCGCCAUCUACCAUUUCAGUGUCUCACGUGUGGAACCCUACAUUCAGGUAUUUGUUGCUCACAGAAAUGAACUUUGCUGGUCUUGUUUGA